CUCUUAUUGGUUCAAAUCGUUGUCGAUCACACAAUACGAACCUCGAUUGGUUCAUGAGCGGCAUUCGAACAAUGUAAACAAAAUGGUGUUCGGACUACAUUUCCCAGAGAGUUCAACACAGGCACACAAUUCGAAAAGCUUUAUAGAAGGAUUCAGUAAUUGUGCAUUAUGGUGAAUCUACACUUGCGUUCUGUGCUUUGAGCAGAACAGCGUUGUAUGAUCAGCAUGAGAUCAAGUGGUGCAGCUGUUUUCACAAGAAAGAAUCCUUUCCCUCGUGAUCCUCCUUUGCCAAAGAGCCACUACAGCCCAACUAGAUCCAGAAAAAUCCCAAAGCAGCAAAAAAGUCUGGCAUUGAGUCCCGUCCUGUUUACUCAGAAACCUAUUUCUCCAGAACCACCUUCGCAAACUUUAUCUCAGAAGAAAGAAGACCAGGUCUUUCAUGAAGGAUCACACAGUGUCCUCCUCUGCCCUCCGACAUCUAGUGAAGGCCCUCUGAGCUUCUCAGAGUCUUGGCCUUCUACUGACCUGAGUCCUUCUGCAGCUAACAGUCCAUCUUCUCCCUGCACCGAAUCUCAGAUGUAUGCUACAAGAAACAUGGUAGCUACAGGAACAGGGCCUAAGGAGCCCUCGGUACUUGCAAAGUACAUUGAGCGCUUCCGUUUCGGAAAGCCACAGAGUCGAGAGGAACGUCAGCGUGAGGUUGCUCAAGACGAUGAUCAACUAUUUUGGUGGAAGUCCACAUCGCCUCCAUCCAGUUCAACACCAACCCAAGCAUCAGAGAAACAUGCCAGAGAAUCCCCUGACUUGAACAGUGGCCCUCUUAGUACCCACAAGUCUAUUUCAAAGUCCCCUGUCAGAGACAUGCUUGACCUCAGUAUGCUGACGUUAUCGGAGUUGUCUCGCUGUGACCCAGAGGAACCUGAGAUAUUACAGCUACAGGAGCAGGCCAGCCGUUUACUACAGAAGAGUGCACGUUCUCUCAGCAGUUGUUCAGUGCAUAUCAGCUCUGAGGGUUUGGGUUGCUCAGAUUUCUCCUCCCCUGUCAGCGCAGAUGAGCUGAUAGGAAAACCACACGUACCCACUUUAAUAGGCUCAAGCAACUUGGUUUUAGAGCCUAGUUUAUGUGAAAGAACGUCUUUUCCCACACCUGCUGUUGGGUCUGGGGUCAGACGUGAAGAUGACAUAUUGUUUCAAUGGCGUCUGAGGAGGAAGAUGGAACAAGCCAGGCAAUGGUGUCAGGAAACCUCUUCCCACAGUUCUGUUCUCCAUGUACCCCUUGCACACACUGUGGGACCAAACCAGGCACAACACAGCCAUUUGAAUAACACGCCUCUUCAGAGAUCACAUCUCACAUUCACACCAGUCACCCUCGCCAGCCUCGAUCCACCAACACCUGAGCCAGCAUUCCCUAUUUCAAGCCCUAGCGUCUCCAGACUCCAACCCGGUGCCACCAUCAAGCCCCAGGACCAACAUAUCCAACCUGACCCCCUUCCUCAAAAAAAGAAACAUGAAACCAAUCUGCCACGACAUCACAGACAAACAGAAACACAAGUCAACAUCCAAGAAAGCAGCGGCACGAAAUCCUCCUCUCCAUCUCCACAGACUUCUGAUAGCACAGAAGAAAGGUGGCCAAAUACUCGGGGAAAGAAAACCACAGCAGUCAAGGGGAAGAUUGAGAGUGAGAGGCAUGAAAAGAUUGCACCUUCAAGUCGAAAGAAAAAAUCUGAUGGUGUUAAAAAGAGCAGCAGUCCAUUGAGGGUCAAGCAGGCGAGGGGUCACGAAGGAGUCAAUCGCAAAUCCAGGGAGGUGGGUGGAAAAACGAGGUGGCAGGAAGAGGGUCAAAGGUCGGCACAAAGAGGACGGUCUGGAGAUCGAGCACCACCCCCCUCACCGAUACAGAAUGCUUUGGGACAGGUUGUCUCCGAGGUGCUUUUUUCCAGUGUUGAUUCUCCAACCCCUUGCAAGACACCUUAUUCAUCAGUUUCCCCAGCAUUCACCCCUCCUCCCCCACUACAAACCCCUGAUGCCCCUCCACCUGAUGUGCAGCAACCAUUUAAGGUCAUAGAUCAGCUUAUGCAGGAUGCAGAAGACUCAGAUGGAAAGGAGUUUGAAGAUGAUCCCUUACUGCAAGUUCUCAGACAGCAAAGAAAAUUUGUAAAGGAAAAACUAUGUGAAGUUGACAUGAUGCUUGAGCAGUUUCUUCCAUUGACUCCUCCAACAGGCACAUGAUUCAUAUACAGAAAGAGCAAUAUUUCAAACAUGCCAUCAUGUUAAGGUUUACUACUAUUUAUUUUUGUUUUAUUGUGGAUUCGACUGUGUAUGACUGUAUUUAUAAAUAAAGAUCUUUGCAAAUAAACAA